CUUCAUGCCCUCUCAGCUCUGAGUGUUACCUGGGAGGCCCAGUUACCACAAACCAAACAAGGAUGAUUGAAAGAAGCAAAACCACCAUUUAUUUUAACCCAGCGCUGGUGGCUUUUCCCAGUACCUCACGUUUGCCCAGUAUCUGCAACCACUAACGGAAUUUGGUCGGAUGAUUCUCUUUUGGCCAAUUAGCUCUUGUUUGGUACCCCACGACUCUGGAGUAAGUGGGCAGCAAUAAUUAUGCAAGUCAGAAUCUGGCUUCUGCAGACAGAUGGGUUUGCAUCGAUGGUUCCUCUUUCUUCUCCUGGAGACUGCUGCUGCCCUUCUGAGCCCAGGGGGCUCGUUUGGCUCCUCCGGGCACUCCCUGCACCAUCUCUACCUGGGGAUGUCAGAGCCUAUCCAGGGUCAGCCCUGGUUCACUCAGCUGGGGUAUGUGGAUGAUCAGAUCAUCACUCGCUAUGACAGCAGCACAAGGAGGGACCAGCCUCAAGUCCCCUGGGUGGAGAAGGAGGAGGAUCCCUGGUUCUGGGAGCGGGAGACCCAUCAUGCUCGGGAGGCAGAGCAGUUUUUCAGGCAGGCCCUCUGGACCCUGAAGAGCCGCUACAACCAGAGUGGAGGGCUUCACACCUGGCAGUGCCUGGUUGGCUGUGAGCUGAGCAAAGAUGGGAAGCAGAAAGGAAGGUUUAUGCAGUGCGGCUACGACGGGAGGGACUUCAUCAGCCUGGACAAGGAGACCUUCAGCUGGUUAGCGGCUGAUGCCAAGGCCCAGGUGACCAAGAGGAAAUGGGAAGAUGACCCAACCAUUGCAGGGAUAUGGAAAAGAUACCUGGAGGAAGAAUGCAUUGAGAGGCUGCAAAAAUACUUGCACUAUGGGAAUAAGACUCUGCUGAGGACAGAGCCCCCAAUGGCGCAGGUGACUCACAAAGUGGACCAUGAUGUCCUGGAGACCCUCAUCUGCCGAGUUGAUGGCUUCUACCCCAAAGAUAUCAAUGCCACCUGGAAGAAAGAUGGGGAGUUCUGGGAGCAUGAGACCUUCCAUGGGAGAGUCACUCCCAACUCAGAUGGGACCUACCACACCUGGCUCAGCAUUGAGAUUGACCCCAAGGACAGGGACCAGUACCGGUGCCACGUGGAACAUGAUGGCCUUCUGAAGCCUCUGCACUUGGCAGUGGAGGAGCCUGCCCCAGUGCCUGUGGAGGUCAUGAAACCUAUCUUGGGAGUCUUGGUGGGUGUCUUCUUGCUGCUGUCUGCCAUCAUCGUCUACAUCAAGAAAUGGAACAGAAACAGCUGUACCCACAAAGCAUCUCUGUCAAGCUGUGACCUGGAAACUGGCAACUUUCCCAUGGAGGACGUGCAGCAAGAUGCUUCCAGAGCAACCCAAGAAUCAGCAUUGAGUGCUGGACCUCAAAAGCAGGAGGAAGGGAUCUUUUUGUCCCCUUUACUUGGCCUCUCGGACCAUCUGUCCAGCAAUGAUGAGGAGCUUCAAAGCUCUGUGAACAGGAGAAACGUUGACAAGCCGGCCUUUCCAUGAGUCAUGGUGAGAUGUCUGCCUCGAGUGGUGCAUAUUGUGAGGUGGCAGGAGGAAACCCUUUCACCACUGUUACCUGGCUGAUGUCAUUACCACUACUACCAGAUCAUUCCGUUCCCUGGCAGUGGACUUCAACAGUUGGAGGAGGAGGGAGCAGAAGGGGACAUGAUGAGGAAAUGCUUGCCAUCCUCCUCUAAUCACAUCUCAUCAUGCCCUAUCCCUGCUCCAUUUCUGGAAGGAAGGAGAGCACCAACGUGUUGAGCUAGAGGACUCAGGAGCAGGUUUUCACUACAACUGCUGCAGGCAAGAAAGAGGCAAUGGAGAGACCUUACUUCAGUGUUCCCACACAAGAACAAUGAAAAUGACUCUUUAAUUGCCCCAAUGAGCUAAUUGCCCCAAUGAGCUACAUGCACGGCCUAAAUGUAGGACUGAGAAGAAGCCCACACAGACUCAAGGAGCAGUGACACACUGGUGUUACUGAAAUGAAUUAACAGCAGUUUAUUGAAACACUAAGCCCAACACAUAAGCAAUGGGAAGUAAAAUCCAGACAGACAGCUUUUUAAUGCAGGGGAGUCAUAGCUGGGUGUCUGUACCUAACAGUUCUAGCACUACCUCAUCCAAUAUUUUCUGUCUGCACCAAGGCAGAGAAAUGGGAAAUGUUGUGGGUUGUGGUCCCUCCCACUGACUUUUUUAAAAUAUAAAUUUUGCAGCGCAUUUCCGGCUCGCUGAACUUCAGCAGCAUCCACCACCACCACACCUCCAUUGAGACCCCAGUGGAGCCUGGAAUGGAAGAAUGCAUGGCUUAAUGUGGUUUUCAGUGUCUCCUUGUACUCUUAAUAAAUUGC